CGAAAGAAAACGAAAGUAAACUCUGGCUUUGCAGCUGUAGUAUAAACGUGUCGUGGAAAAUGUCGCAAAUCAUCUUGAGAAACAAACCUAAACUCAUCAAAUGGCUUGUUUCGGGUUAUGAAUGUCUUUUGCAACAUGUUCAAGCUAAACAACUUAUAACAAUGUCACAGUAUAGUGAACUGAUUGACAUUACAGGUAAGGAAAAGGGCGUUAUCAAACUUCUGGACAUUAUCCUUGGAAAGGGUGAAGAUGUGUGUCGACAAUUUCUGGAUUUGCUGAAAGAAGAUGAUGUGAAUGAAUUUUCUCCUGAGCUCAGAGAAUGGACCAAAACUGUGGACACCAAAGGGACUGCAAACAUGACAGGACCAUCAGACACCAAAGUACCACAUCAGACACCUGAUAGAGACUGUGAACACAGGCCAAUACAAGAUUAUCAGAAGUUCCUAAAGGAAACAUACAGUAAGCUGAUUCAAAAGGUGAAGAACAUUGAUCCAAUUAUUGAUGAUCUUGACCUACAUGAUGAAUCAGUUGCAAAUGUGAGAGCGAAGUCAACAAAUCAAGAGAAGAUGAGGAAACUGCUUGACUGUGUGAAUUGUGAAAGCAUUGCUAAGGACCUGUUCAACGCUCUGUGGAAGCAUGAAAAACCUCUAAUGAAUGAACUGCUGAACAACUAAAACUUAUAUUGUUUACCCACCAAUUUGUCCAAAAAUAUCCUUUCUUGAUUUAAGAAUGACUUUCUCCUUCUCUUUAAUAAAUAAGCCAUUUUGGGAAAUGAGCAUGAUUAAACAUACUGUGGAGGGGAAUCUUGGUUGGUGCAGUCUGUAGUUUCUUAUGCUGUCUAUAUGUUUAAACAUUUUUAAAGGGUUUUUUUUUUU